AAUAUCAUAUGUCCGAAUUGUAAUCGGCAAUUUUAAUAAUUAUUAUAAAAUUAAAAAAUAUGAAAUAAAAUUCAUUUUAUGUUACAACGAAUACGAAAAAAUAUUACAUUAUGGCAUCUUUUCUACGCAGUAAUAUUGUCACACGAUAUUUAAAACGACCUUUUCUACAAAACAAACGCAAUUCUGGAUACGUUGUAUUAAUUCCCGAAAUUGGUGAAGAUUCAGAUAAUAAUGUUCUACUUACUGAAAAUGGGUUACCCGAAUUCAAUGACAUAACGAUUGAAAAGUGUAUUGCUGCUAUCAGUAAACUCAGUUUGGAGUAUGAGAGUGGAGUACAAAAUAUUGAAGAGUCUUGCAAUGAUUGCAAAAACGCAUUUACUGAAAUCUUUCAACCUUUAGAGAAACUUGACAAUCAACUAGAAUUAACAUGGGGCGUGGCUAAAACCUUAUACUUGGGUAACAGCUCACUUAUGCCCACUAAAUCCUAUAUACAAAUUCACCAAAGAGCCCAUAAAGCUAGAUCAACAAAGUUUAACAGUGUACCCAUUUAUAAUGCCGCAAUUAACGAGAAAAACCGUCUCAAAAAAUUAACUGAUGAAGAGCAAAGGUUGUUAGAUAAGUAUAUUCUAGAAGGUAAACUAAACGGACUUGAUGUAAAAGGAUUAAAACGUGAGAAAUUAGACAACAUUCUAAACUUACUACAAAAAGAAAGACAGUUGUUCCGCGAUAAGGUUAAUAUGGCUACUAAAGUCUUCAGUAGUUUCAUCAAUGAUGAGCAGUUGGCUAAGGAGUUCCCAGAAAGCCUGGCAAAAAUAAUGUCAGUUAAUAACAAUGCUAGCAAAGGGCCGUGGAAGAUCACAUUACAGCCACAUAUUUAUGAACCAUUUAUGGAGUACUGUCCUGAUCCAACAUUACGGUGGAAUGCAUGGCAGGCUCAUGUCCAACGUUGCUCUGGUUAUGCAAAUAAAGAUUUUGAAACCAGUACCCAUGUGCAGCAAAUACGUGGCUAUCGGUCAGAACAAGCUAAGAUGUUAGGAUACGAUACAUAUGCCGAUAUGAGCAUGGAAACUAAAAUGGCCGGGUCCGUCGAAAAUGUUUACAACUGCUUAGAUAUGUUACUGGAAAAUGCGCGUCCGAUGCAAGAUGUCGAACUUGAAUCAUUACAAAACUUUGCAAUCGAAAGAGGCUUCGAUAAGAAAUUAGAGCAUUGGGAUAUUCCUUAUUGGCAGAGGAAGCAGAAGUGGUCUUUAUACAAUUUCGAUGAAAACAAAAUACGCGAAUACUUCCCUCUUCCUAGGGUUAUCACCAGCUUGUUCAACUUGUGCAGUACAUUAUUUAAAAUACAAAUUGUCGAGCGAUCGAAUGUGCACACGUGGCAUAAGGAUGUUAAAUUUUACGAUAUAUAUGAUGAAUCCAGUAACACUCCUAUCGCCGGGCUAUACUUGGAUCCAUAUGCGCGACAGGAUGAAAAGAUUCGCGUAUACGACGACGCUGGUUGGCAUGUUUCGAUCCGCAACAAAUGUGCUUUGACAUCAACAAAUCCUUUAUCAGCCUUAAUAUUCAAUUUCCAAGCACCUACUGACAAGCAACAAUCUCUAUUGACUUUCAAAGAGGUAGGUGCUUUAUUCCAAAGGUUUGGGCAUUCUUUACGUCAUUUGCUGACGAAAGCUAAUUAUUCUGAAGUCGCGGGGUUGUCUAAUGUAGAAUGGGAUGCAGCAGAAGUGUGUGGUCACGUAAUGACGCAUUGGCUCUAUGACCCACAUACUAUUCGAGCUAUCAGUGGACACUAUCACACUGAAGAACCCCUGCCUGAUGAAAUAAUACAGAAUUUACAAAAAGUCAGAAGUCACAUGACUGGUUACAAUUUAUGCAAGGAAUUGUACAAGUCUCGGUUAGAUUUAGAGUUAUAUUCGAAAACUACUUUCUGGCGAGACCUGGUAAGGGAAUUAUGGCCAAAAUACAAUGCAAUGCCAUUUGACAAAUAUGAUUCUCAUCUUCUGUCCUUCACGAGUAUAUUUUCGGAAGAAUGGGGUGCUGCGUAUUAUUGCCAUUUGUGGUCGAAAAUGAUUGCAGCGGAUAUUUACAGCGCUUUUGAGGAAGCAAGAGAAGGUGACCAAGAUGUUCUGGCCAUUGGAAAGAGAUACAAAGAUAGUUUCCUGUCAGUAGGUGGUAGCUGUCAUCCGAGCGAAGUAUUCAGAAGGUUCCGUGGAAGGGAUCCUUCACCGCAAGCUCUACUUAACAACCUUGGGUUAUCUAAACAGACAGUAAAGAUAACUGACGAGAAGUAAUAUUGUACGAAUUGUAAAAUAAUUUCUAUAAACUGUUGCAAUUUAUUUAUGUUAAUGCAAAACUAGAAAUAAAACUCUUGAUUUAGUGUUAGAUUUA